ACGGAAAUCGCGCGCUCUCCAUUAAUGAGAUCCCGCGUCCGAAUCACCGUGGCCACUUUUUUUUUUCUUUUUCCUCCAUGAUCCUUUACGGCAAUGUUUUCACCCAACUCUUUCACUCACCAUGGCACCAUAACCCUUGCCGACAUCUCCCUCGCAAUUGCUCUUUCACCCAGCCGAUAUCUCCCUCUCCCUCCAAGAGACCUCCCCGACCGCCACUUCCUUCUCCACCCAAACCACCACCAGCCCCAUCGUCUUCCUCUGCCAGCCCCGCGACGCCAUCAUCUAACCCCCCGCGUUCGAGAUCCUCUUCCCGUGCCUCUAUCGUUUUCCUCUCCCUCGCCAGCCCCGCGCCGCCAUCAUCUGCGAGACAGAAACUUCCCCGACGCGAGAAGCUCCAGCCAGCGGAGAAGCAUUCCUGUAGAAGCAGCUCAUUCCAGGUAGCGACUCAUUCCAGUAGAAGCAGCACCGAAGGAGAUUUCCCCUUCUCGAUUCCUCCUCCAGCAGAGAAGCUGCUUACGAUUCCUCCUCCGGCACCGAAGCUGCAAGCGAUUCCUCCUCCAGCCGCACAUCUUCCUCCUCCUGUUGUCGACCCAUUCCAGCAAUAUGGUAGGUUGAAGGAUACCACUAAUGUGAUGGUCGAAGAACAAAUUGCAAUCUUUCUGAAGACUAUAGGUCACGCAAAUGACUUCCACAACCUUGCAGAACGGUUUCAACAUUCUACUGCAACCAUCUCAAAGUACUUUAAUCUAGUGUUGAAAGUAGUGGUUAAGCUUGAAAAUAGGGUCAUUGUUCCCCCAAAUUUGGAAGCUGCUCCCGAAAGAAUAAUUUAUUCAAAACAUGAUCCAUAUUUCAAGGAUUGCAUCGGAGCAAUAGAUGGAGUUCAUAUUGACAUAGUGGUUCCGAGUGGUGAACAGAUUCCAUAUCGAGGAUGGAAGACAAGAACAAUAAGCAUAUAAUCAUAGUUCAAGCCAAACUCGAGCGAUGGAUGUACAACGAGAUGGAAUAGCAAACAAGUUGUGGGAUGACUUUCAAGCUGGACUUAUUUGUAUUUUUAUG